CCAAAAACCUAUGUCUCCCUUGGCCUGGGGGUGGAGUGUAAGGUAAAUGGAUGUGCUUUGGUCAAGAACAGGGUGAGGCAGAUAUCCAGCCCAGCAUGACUCAUCAAGUUUGGAACGCAGGCGCAGCACUCCACUUGUUAUAUAACCUGUUUGUGUAAGCUCAUACCUGGCUCGGAGCCACUAUUGUCUGUAAAAGGUAUAACUGCCCUGCUGACGCUGUACAUAGGGCUCGUGUCCAGAGACAGAGAGAGAAAUUGCCAACCAUGGAAGGGAGAACUGGCUGUCUUGCAGACAGACGGGGGUGAGCUAGGAACUAACAAGCUUGCCACAGAGUACAGCUGUGAGUGUGGGAGCAGCAGGAGCCCCAGAGCCAGUUGCUGAGAAGGGCUGCAGCCUCAGAGGAGGCAGCCCAGACAAAUGCAGACAAUGUGAGAGAGCUGCAGCUGCUGCUGCUGAAGAAACUCACAUUUCACCUGCCUGCAGACCCCUGGAGUGUUCUUUCUGCUAUCUUCCACCCAUCCACCAGCUCUCCAUGGACCUCAGCAUGGGCUGGGACCUGACAAAUGGUACGACAGUGGUGUCUUCUCCUAAGGAAGCUUAAAUCAGAAAAUUUUAAAUCACAGUUAUCCUUUCACCUCAAGCCAGAGUAAGCCUUUUAAAUUAAUCCCAGGAAUGGCUUCAACAGAGGAACAGUAUGGACUGAAGAUUGUGAAGGUGGAAGAAGACCCUUUCUGGGACCAAGAAACCUACCUUCGAGUGAACAACUUUUCUGGCCAAGAAGCCUCUCGACAACGUUUUAGGCAGUUCUGUUAUCAAGAGACUCUUGGUCCCCGAGAAGCUCUGAGCCAGCUCCGAGAACUCUGUCAUCAGUGGCUAAGGCCAGAAAUCCACACCAAAGAGCAAAUCUUGGAGCUGCUGGUGCUAGAGCAGUUCCUGACCAUCCUGCCUGAGGAGCUCCAGGCCUGGGUACGGGAGCACCGUCCGCAGAGUGGGGAGGAGGCUGUGGCUAUAGUUGAAGAUUUGGAAAAAGAGCUUAGUGAGCCAAGGAACCAGGAUCCAGAUCAAGAAUGUGGACAUUCAGAGGAUGUGGAACAUCUGAAGAUCAAGCAGGAACCAACAGACAUCCAGGUUCAGCCUAUGAUGACACAGCUCAAAUGUCAAUCUUUUUACCUCCACCAAUUUCGAGAACAAGAUAGUGAAAGUAUACCUGAGAACCAGAAGUUGGCAUCAAAGCAAGAAAUCUUAAAAGAAACAGAACAUUUGAGGGAUAGCAGACUCCACAGAGAUUUAUCUUUGGAUUCUAAGCACAGAGAAACUUGUAAACAAGACAGCGGGGCAGAAAAGCAGCAGGAACAUUCCACUGGAGAGAGACGCCACAGGUGCAAUGAAUGUGGUAAAAGCUUCACUAAGAGUUCGGUACUCAUUGAGCACCGGAGAAUCCACACUGGGGAGAAGCCAUACGAAUGUGAAGAAUGUGGGAAGGCUUUUAGCCGGAGGUCAAGCUUGAAUGAACAUCGGCGGAGCCACACUGGAGAGAAACCCUACCAAUGUAAGGAGUGUGGGAAAGCCUUCAGUGCCAGCAAUGGCCUCACUAGACACAGAAGAAUCCACACAGGGGAAAAACCAUAUGAAUGCAAAGUGUGUGGAAAGGCCUUCCUCCUCAGCUCAUGCCUUGUUCAGCAUCAGAGGAUACACACUGGAGAGAAGCGCUAUCAGUGUAAUCAGUGUGGCAAAGCCUUCAUUCAGAAUGCAGGGCUUUUCCAACAUCUCCGAGUCCACACUGGUGAGAAACCGUAUCAGUGCAGUCAGUGCAGUAAAAUCUUUAGUAAGAAGGCACUUCUCCUGAAACAUCAGAGAAUCCACACUGGAGAGAGACCAUGAGUGUGAAGAGUGUGGAAAAGCCUUCAGUCAUCAUUGCAACCUUAUUAGGCAUUUUAGAAUCCAUACUGUUCCAGCAGAACUGGACUAAUUCUGUGGACCCCUAAAUGGGACCAUCUUGGAAAGAAGAGUUUCAGGUGGCUUAUUCUGUUCUUGUAAGAUUUAUUUUUUGCUUUGCAGUGAAUCACUUGUCUACAAACCAGGUACUGGUGUCUCCACUGUGGAUGACUGAUUGUAGGGGGUUGCUGGGUGGCCUUCUUAUUCCCUAUACUUUGGUUUAUUUCUAAUGAUUUCUUUUAAAGGGACCAAAUCUUAUUGGAAAUAAAUUGUUAUGGAAGGCCUGUUGUUGAGUAAUACUGAAUAUUGAACAAUUCUAAAAGAUCAGUAUAUUUGUAUACUUUUUAAAAAGAUUGGCUAAGAUCAAAGGGUAUUCAGAGGUGCAUCUUUUUCUGUAAGAGUAAC